UUUCAGCAAAGCAGUGGGACAAAUGGCUCCGAGCGGCUGUUCAUUAUUGAGCAGAAGAACCAAGAAGGAAGGAAUGUUUUAGAAGAAGGGGAGGGCGGGAGGUAUUCAAAAGAUGGACAAAAAGUAAUGUUGAAAUGGGGUCAGACUAGGGCGAAACAGAGCAUGAGAAUGACCAGCGCUGUAGGAAGAAUGGGGGCGUGCAGGUUGGAGGGCGCAAUGGAGGCGCGGACGCGGGAAGGAAAGCACGCCGAGAGAAGCCACGCCACUGCAGUUCAGGUCGCGGAGGCCGGGCCAGACAUAGUUACUGGCCACAUGGCAGUUUCUGACAUUAAGUCAAAAAUUAAGCUGAAUCCUCUAACAAAAGUACCCAACUCCCAUGGCAAGAGGGAUAAAGAUUUACCAGGAUCUCUCCCAUGCCAAUUAGGACACAAAGAAAGAAAGUUGAGUGCUUCACAAAUGCAAGCCUUCCAAGAUGCCUACAACUUCUUUAACAAGGAUAAAACUGGCUCUAUUGAUUUACAUGGAAUGAUGUGCACUUUAACUAAAUUGGGAAUGAAUCUAACCAAGCAUAAUGUCUAUAAUGAAUUAAAAUGUGCUGAUAUUGAUCGAGAUGGGAAAGUGAAUUUCUCAGACUUUAUAAAGGUGCUAACAGAUAAGGACCUCUUCCUUAAGGCUGUGGUUCCAGAAAAAGAGAAGUGUUUAGAUUUUGCUGGCAACCCAGGGAUCCUGUUGUUUGAAAUUCUGUCAAAGCUUGUAGAGACUUCAGCCUUACCCAAAAAGGCUAUAAUGGAAUUAGUAAGCUAUUUUCAAAGAAAAUUCCAAGAAACCACUUCAGGAAUAUUGUGGAGUUCUUACGCUGUGGAUUAUGGGAAAAGGAGAUUUAAACCAGACAUAUGCACACCUCUGAGCUCAAGCAUGUCUGCCUUUGCUAAUGCUACCCGGAUUGCAAUAAUGAAACAGAAGGAUUUAUUUAAAUAUCUUGAGGAGUUCAAGAAAUGCAAUCCUCCUUCAGAUAACCCAUAUUCAAAAAUACCCAUCUUUCCAUUGUUUCCUAAUGUGGAUGGGGUGGUAAUGGGAAAGCCAUUCAAAGACAUACAGAAAUUAGAAAUGCUAAGGAGAAAGGAGCCUCUGGAUUUCUUUGAGAACUACUUUUUCAAUAAAAGAGACUGGAAAACACAGGCAGCAAAUAUAAAGCCUAUCGGCCCUACCUCAGGCUACCCAACUGACAUCCUCGCCAUUGACCACAUACUCAAGAAAAAGCAGAAUUGGACAGUGACUGGUGCAGCUGCUAUUAAACCACAUGUGAAGAGAGCUAUAGAUACCUAUAAGUUAGGAAUUGCUCUUGAGCACCGGAAAGAAAUGCUAAACCUCUGGCAGAAGAUCCGAGGGGAUUUGAUUGGAAUAGACACUAAAAAUGAGUCUUUUUAUGACACCUUUUCUACUUAUACAUGGUCCUGGAAUGUUUGUCAAGAAUUACUUUCCCCAAAGGACUUAAGGUUAUAUGAUGCCUACAUGAAUAGAAAUUCCUUCCACAAUUCUUCAAUCUCUUCCUCUUCGAGUAGCAGUGAAUGUGACAUAGAGACAGGAAGAAAAAGAAAACGAAAAGGUUCCAAAGGAUUUCGACAAUGAAAUUUCUACAUUUUCUAAGCAGCUCAUUGCAAACUACUUUUUCAUAGAUAUCAAAAUUAUGGUUUCUUGCUUUUGUCUACUACAUUCUUAGCAGCUGGAAAUGUUGACAUCUUUUGAAUUCUGACCAGUAAAAAAGUUUGAGUCAUAA